AUGGGAAAGGAGUUCGAUAAUGAAUACUUUAAACAGCUUACAAAGUUGUUGAAGAUUGAACAUGUCAUGACGAAAGGAUACAAUAGUCGGGCAAAUGGGGCAGUUGAGAGAUUCAACAAGACCCUAAUGCAUAUAAUGACUAAAAAGGCCGCGUUACCAGUAGAAUGGGACGAUCAAGUUGCAUUCGCGGUGUAUGCAUAUAACAACAUUGCACAUUCUACGACGGGAGAAUCGCCGAUAUUUCUGAUGUCUGGGAGGGAUCCUAAGGGCCCACUUGAUUUGGCCGGAGAGGAUGCCGUUGGCAUGAGUUAUGUUAAUGUGGAUGAGUACAAACAUCUCAUGACUGCAGAAUUGGUGAAAGCUCAUGCUCUCGCAAAAGAGCGGGCUCUGCAGGAGCAAGAAAAAUACAAGUAUCUGUUUGAUCAGAAGCAUAAGACGGAACAUGGGAGAUAUCCUGUACUAGGCAGUCGGGUGCUUGUGGAAAUUCCGUCUGAAAAGUUAGGUGCCAGGUGUCCGAAACUUGUAAAUAAGUGGAAGGGACCGUGCAGGGUAAUUCAGUGUUCAGAAACUUCAGCUACAGUUGUCCCAAUACUGGGUAAGAAAGGAGAAGAGAUGGUGAUUCCAUUUGAACAUUUACGGGUCAUUCCAAUAGAAAUGGAAGAUGUGCCAAUAGAAACUGUGAAAGGGAGAGCAAAGAAACGCGCGCAAAAGUUACAAAAUGUUAAUGCAAUAGAUAGCCCAACGAACUUUACUUAUUUCAGGGAUCUCUUCUGUUGCAAAUGCCCAAGUCCCUGCACUUGGUCGCCUCGAGAAGCGCCCUCAGCCCGUACAACUUCACCGACACAGUUGCAACGAAUGAUGGAACUGAUAAAGCUGGAUCCAAAUCUCAAGGAGAAGGAUCAAAUCAGGGAGCUGUUGUUGCUGUCCCAAUCCGCAAUUGAAGGACUGUCAACUGUGCCUGAUGAACGCACAUUCAGUGCAUUGGCCACUUGCCCAACAUUACCACUCUUCGCGAGUGAAAUCAAUGGAUGGGAAGCGGCAUAUCUACAAUGUCGUCGUGACCUCGUGCGCAAACACCUGGGAUUCAGUUUUGGAAGCACCAAAACAAUUCAAGUGAUCUGUGCACCAGGUGUGACUGUUGACAACGUGCCAGUUCAAGCUUCAAAGAUGACAAUGUUGAAGGAUUUGGCGAGUGUGACAGAGGAUACGUACAGUCAAAUGUUGCGCCAUGACACGGGAAUAGUAGCCGUCGUGGUGCCGAUUUCUAUCAAGGAUGAAGACCAGGAUGCUUGGAGAGCAAUUGUGAAUGCAGUCCCUUCCAGUGCUGUGGUAUACUUGAUCCCGGAGCACAUGACCAGAUUCGAUCAUAGCCACAUGGCGAUGUUCACAUCUCUUUUUGGAAGAGUAAUGAGGGAUCACGGCGAGCUAGUCGUGGUUUCCCCAGAUGAAAUAUGCACAGAGGAGCUGAAUCGACCACUGUACUUGGUGUCGGAAAUAGUCAGUGCUACGAAGUAUUGGAGGAUUGUCAGAGCAUUGUUGGAGGGGCACGAACACCAGUGGCCACAGUUUAUGGUGUCUGAUGAGAAGGAAGAUCGUAUAGCCACUGGCAACCGGCAAGUCAGUGAGGAAGCAAUCACCAAGCCUGGACCUUCUCAACCAUCAACACAUCGGAAUCACGAAUGGAAGAAGGAAGGAUUCGUCAGAGGAGGAGGAAGUCGGGGACAUGGUCAAAGUCGAGGAGGAGUGCACAAGUCGUAUCACCCAUACCCAUCCAGACAUCACGGAAAGAGCACCACUCCACAGAAGAAGUGA